CCCGUUAACAUAUACCCACCGACGCAGGCUGGCUUUUGUGACGUGUUUGGAAAUGUGUGGGAGUGGGUGGAAGAUCAUGUCAAUGGCUUUUGUGGGUUUAAAUCGCAUAUGCUCUAUGACGACUUUUCUACGCCCUUUUUUGAUUGAAAGCACAACAUGAUCAUGGUACGUAGAGCCUCAAAUAUAUAGGAAUUGAGUUGUUUACCUCUUGAAGUACUGUCCACUUGUUUUGUGUACUCGACAAAGCGUUACCUUUGAUAUUAUAAGUUCCUAGCUGUCAGCAAUAGAGAGGAGGAGUCGUUACGUCACGUUGUCAUGGAAGCAAAAUUUCUGGAUCUCAACACACCGUGGUCCUGCAAAUAUGGCAGGAAAAACGAAAAAAAUUGACAUGUAUGCAGGGCUGUCAUUAAGAGGCGGGGGUUGGGGAUUUCCCUCGGCUACUUCAUAGGAAAAUAGAAGAAAAAUAGAACCAAAAGAAAUCCCUAGCUGGUUCAAUAGGCCAUUUCCGAGUUCCAAAAAAUCUCACUUUCAAAGCGAGACUAAGUGCGAAACUUUUGUUGUGAAAAUGAGUUUUAAUUAUGAUGCAAAUAAAACUUAUUUUCACAACAAAGGUUUCGCACUUAGCCUCGUUUUGAAAGUGUAAUUUUUUUUGGAACUCGGAAAUGGCCUAGUCCUCGCUUACUUGUUGUAUUUACCUGGUAACUUGAGAUCUUAGUGACAGCCCUAUGUAUGACUUUCCUGUGCAUGAUUGCACUCAGGAACAAAACGGUAGCCCAUUCUUUUUUUCCAUCGUUCCACAAUGAAAGUGGCUGUCUCUCUCAAGAAAGAUUGUUGAGAUCCAGAACUUUUGCUACCAUGGUAACGUGACAUCACACUUCUCCUCCAUAUAGGCCAAUCACUUGAAGCUGCGGUUUACACCUUUACCAUCUUGCGUAAAAAAUAUUAACCGUUAGACCGUUAAAGUAGAAGCCUAUUGGUCAAAUUUGAGGUUGUGCUUCUCACGUCGAGAUUAGGUCGGUGUUGUGUCAAAAUGCACUGUGGGACUGUUUUGGGGGAGGAAUCUUGACCCAGAUUCCUUUGCAACUUUAUGACUAGCCAAUGAAUGAAGUGAUAGCGUUAAUCAACAGUCCCAUCGUGCAGUGCGGCACAACGCAGACCCAGUCUCUUACUGAGCGGAAAAAUGUCUUUUUACAAAUUAGGUUCAUUUUCCGCCAGUCAAAGAAAAAUGCUUUUCGCUCACAAGCUUACAGAACCAUCUUAAGGCCUUUCUCAAAUGACACUAUUUGUCACGUGACUUAAGGUAAUUCACGUGACGAAUUUCUCCGUACAGGACUGAAAGCUGGUGCCUCAGAGCUCUCGGGCCUUUCUUGUUAGCAUGAUUUUAUGGCCGAUUGAUUUUCAUUUCUAGGGUGGCAGCUGGGUAUCUACCGGAGUCGAAGCUUCACGAUUCACCCGUUUUUGGUUUCGCCGCCAUUUCUUUCAGCAUCUUGGUUUUCGAUUGGCUCAGUCAGUUUCUAACAGUCCUCCGGUGCGUCUGGUAGGAACCCCUGUUUUUGUGCUGGGGGUUGGGGUGGAAGGUAAGCAGAAGGGUAGCACUAGGGGAGGGGUAAGUGAGUACUCUUAAACUAGAGAGUGUUCUUGACAGGACUACACCCGAUUUAUACAGUUAAAUAAAAACCUUUGAAUGCAGAGAUCCACUCAACGCCUAGGUAAAACCGAUCGGUUCCCUCUUGCCGGAUCUCCAACGUAUAGAUGCUAGAGCCAGAAGUCACUUGAAGUGGGAAUUAAAACAAAACUAAAUGCAAGGCUGGCAAUACGGCAAAGGGCUGAUUCAUUUGGGGCCAAUAUUUCGGCUAACAAAAUUAGCCUUCCUCAGGGCCAGAGCUUCACUGAAGAAAAGGCCAUAAUGCAGUACAUAUUGCCAGCCUUGCAUUCAGUUUUGUUUUUGCAGUUUAAUCCAGCUAUAAGUAUGGUUACUCUCGAGGAUUAGUUUCUAAAGAAACUUUUUUGUUUCGUCCCUGAGAGAAUGAAUGAGGUUUUAGUUGUCUAAUGCGUUGACAAGCGCUUGAUCGUCUUUACAGUGGGUUUUCUACCUUAGCAACUUAUAGGUGUGCCAAGUCUCUUCCCUGCGUGAGAUGCCAAUUCAUUCCAUGGUUAGCAAAAUUCAGAGAUGUUGUCUUUCUGAUGUAUCCAGUUAUUUGCACAUUAACACUGCCAAAAGUGGCUGCUAUAAAAAGCUGUUUGGUCCUUUUUAUGCUUCAAAACCGAACCAAACUAACGUUAUUUAGCGAGGAGGACUUUCAGCAAACUCUUCCUUUGGAGCAGUCGCGAGAAGUCACGCGCGAGUGGCACACGAAAGGAGAAGCGAAAGCGAAGGGCUGUCUUUUCCUCCACCCCUCACAGCUUUGCCGUUCGUUCGCACGUUUUCUCGCGGCCCGUUUCGCUCGCAGAAAAUGGAGAGCUUGCUCGCAGGCUAGAAACUUGACAGUGGCUCUCUAAGUGACCCCAACAAAGUGGACACUUUCAGAUAUCGACUUUUGAUUUGGACGUGUCGAGUUUUGUUGGAAGGGGAAACGGUAGCACUCGGAGAAACACCUCUUGGAGCGGCGAGAACUAACAACAAACCCAACCCAUGUAUGGUGUCGACGCCUGGCCUCUACCCCAGUCCACGUUGAUGGGUGGUGAGUGCUCUUUCCUCUGCGCCUUCCCUGCUCUCCCCUCCCCUCCCCCAAAAAAGCACUUGUAAGAUUUAGUUUUUUUCUUUUUUUUUUUUUUUUUUACAGAGAACCCUAUCAGUUUGCCCGGCAUCGGCGACAGCGAGGUAUACGUCAGCACUUCAAACAUGCAGUACCAUGAUGAUGCCGAGGAUUUUCUGUACUCUGAAGUGUUGUCUAACUAUGGUGACCUGCUGGUGGGUUUCAGUAGCCUUGCAGUUCUUCAAAACCUUAUUUGGGUCCCUAUAUGUCGCAACUCAUUUAAUUUCUGGCUAGGUUACAUUGUAAACUUUUUUUGUUCAUGGUUUUCCUAAUCAAUCCCGUGAGGUCUUCCGACGGCUGCAAGGUUGCCUGUGGGUUUGCACUUUUUUUUCUUUUUUCCUGAAAAUAGCCUUCUACUUUUGACCAGCAAUAAUAUGAACGGGGUUCUCAUUAGAGAUGCCGUGCAAACAUGUCAAGCGAAAAUAGGACGCGCGGGAUCUGGGGAAGGGGGCGGUUGCGCCUCCUCUUUCCCCAGUCCCCGGGUGUUUUUCGCAUCAGUUUUAACGAUCUCUGCACAUUACUUUCUUGGAGCCUGGAACAGGCUCCUCUAGAUCGGUGAAGGAGUGGAGAAAUGAAGGGAGAAGUCAUGAUCACAGGCUAAGUUGGCCGUGCAUCUCGCCAGUUCGGGCCCUUAACCUCGUUAUAUGGUCACAUAAGGUCACCCUGACACCUAAUUCUGUCACAAAGUGUUUUGGUUUCAAUACCAUCAUGCUAGUCACGCAAGUAAAGCUUAGUCCGCUUCAAUUGACCAUGUAAUGCUAGUCACGCCAAUUGGUUGCAUGUGAUGAAAGUCACAGCAAUUCGUAAUACAUGGUAACGUUAAGUCACUAUUCCAGCUUUUCUGGACUCUUCAACACUUUUUUUCGCUACAUUUACCACUUUAAUUUCGCUGUCGUGAUUUGUUGCUUAUAAAUCUCCUGGAUUAAGUACAGUCACUCGAAGUUGAUCUCAUUAUUUUUGCAUAUCGUUAACAGGGUGUUGAAAGUGACGCCGGUUGCUGUGAGCAGCUUGCAGAGAUUUGCAAAGAAGCCAUUCACAAACACAAUGGCUGCCCCGCGAAGAAGGCCCUUGACAUUAUGUGCUCUGUGGGUCGAUUCUCCUACGAGCUGAGCAAGAGCUUGAAUAAGGUAACCACAAAGUCAUCGCUCGUUUCACACUUCUUUUCGAUUAGUUGAAUCCUUUCAAAGAUUUAGAUGUUCUACUUGACAAGACAGUCUUUGAUUCUGGAUUUAAAGCCUUGGAUUCCGGAUCCCAGGUACUGGGUCCCAGUCUUUAUAAGUGAAAUUUGGAUUCUGGAUUCCAAUCGUUAGUAGCAUUCCGGAAUCCAGAGCCCAGGAUUCCGGAUUCCACAAGCAAACUUUUCACCAAUUCCGGUAUGCGGAUUCCCUUACAUGGUGCGAUACUUGUCGUAGUAGAGCAAGCGACAGCGGUGUAGUUGAGGGCUUUGUUACAUGCUCAACGGCGUAACCUACUUGCAAUUCCGUCGGCAAACAAGUUUUGCACACUGACAUUCUGAAACUUUUUCCCUCAACUAUCGUUGUUAGCUGACAAUUCCACAGAUAGCAGGGCGUAGUAUUCGUGUUUCGCAAUGGCAUCUCACGCAAGGUUUAGAACGGUUUCAGCGUGCAACCGAUAAUACUACUUAAUUUCUUCUAUUUCUGGUGAUGCCUGACCAGUUGACUGGGAGGAGUUGAGUGGGGGAGAAUUCAGUUCCGGUCAACACGUUUUAACGAAAUAGAUGUACAGAAAUUGCCGGGUUCUAUCCAGGUUAAAUCAAAUCGUACGUCGAACUAAUGAACUUAAAUCGAGUAGUGUUUGUGUAGCGUGAAGUUGAAGGUUGACGCGGGUCUUAGCAGAGACUUUUAGGUUCAGAGACAAGGACGAAAUUUUCUCAGUACUGAGUAUUGCGUGCGCGUGAACCAGCGUCAUUUUGGCGGGAAAAGGUGAUAGCCGUCGUCUUUCUACUACGAGUUUUAGCGAGAAUGUCAUAGUGAAGGAAACAAGUUAUCAAGUGUUAGAAGUUUUAUUAUUCUGCGAUCAGAAAGGGCUUAGCCUCGUUCAAUAAAAAUAACCGUGUUGACUUUUCUGGUUAAAAAAAGAAAAAAUGUGGCUUUCUGGGGAACAAAACUUUAAGUCAAAUCUCGUCUCUACUUCUAAAUUUUUCUCGACACUUCUAUGAGGGUCCUUAAGAGGUUUUUCGGGAUUCGGGAUUUAAAACCAAUUUUUUUUUUUGGGGGGGGGGGGGGGGGGGGUUAGGGUUAGGUAAUUUGGGGGGGGGGGGUGGGGGUGAGAUUCAGGAUUGAAAGUGAGCACGGGUUGCAGGAUGCCUAAGUUUAUAACUAUCGGUAUAACGGGAUUGAAGAAGACAAUUUGGGUCCGGGAUGAAGGGAUUGAAGACCCUAUUGCGACCCUCUUCUAUCUCCUGUGACAGGUGAUCGCUAUCGACCACGGUGGACGUUUGCUGGACGCUGCUAUGAAGAUUCAGCAGGGUAAAUCGCUAGAGAUCAAGGGCGCUAGAGAUUUACCUUUCGUGAAUAUUCCGCUUGACGAGAUCAAGGCUAAUGUUGAUCGAGUGCAGUUUCAGCAGGUUUGUCUAAUGGUGAUGUUUAAAAUGGUCUCUUACGCAGCCACUUUUGUGUCGUCACGCAACACACCUGAGGAGCCUUGCGUGACGACACAAUGAACGGGGACUAAUUUUUGAACUGUAUUGUUUAAACGAAUUGUUUAACAUCGCCACAAAACUUGAUGUUUAAAGUUUAACAGCUGAAUGUUCACACUGCUAUUGGGAAUUCUAAGGAGGACUGUUAAAGAAACGUUUCAAUGUAGCCCUCGCUUCGUAGUGAAACAUUUCAUCGAUGGCAGACGCGAAGUUUAAAAUGAUAAAAUGCGCGAAAUGUUUGCCAAACAAAUUUCUGGUUUGGCUAAUAUUUUGACCUGCCAGAAAUCGGUGUCCUUCAUAAAAGAAAAAAUAUAUAUAUCGUAGCCCUUACUUUUCACCAGACCUCCCCUCGUAAUGCCGCGUACACCUCGCUCUGCUCAUAAAGCUAUCAGAACCUUGCAAAGAAACGCCUAGCGUGUUCCGAAAAUAGAAGCUGUUUCUUGUUGAAGUAUUUUUAUUUCCCGUUUGUUAUUUUCUUUUGCAGUUUACCUGGCUUCCAAAUGAGAUUGGUGUUUAUGAUUUGAUCGUUAUGUUAAGUCUUCAACGUCUGUCGAAUCGUAAAGGUAAGAGGCUUUAGAUCAUUAUACUUGUCUGGGAAACUGCCCACCUACCCCUCCCCUAAGCCAACAUGAACACUUAUUUCUCACUUAGGGGCAAAAUGUUGGCUUAGGGAAGGGGACACAGUUUAGUUGCCCGAAAUGCUGGAAACAUUCUUCGAAAAGAUUCUUGGAAACCAAAGGUUCCUUUUUUUUCUUUGUUGAUUGAUAUCGUUGACUUUGUUCCUUGACUUAAAAAGUCGAUUCAGAAGAACAUCUUGUUCUUCACAAACUAAAUUACUUUUUGUAUUGUCUUCUUUUCGCUUCAAAGCAAAUGUUUCUCACUACAAAGAGACUUAUAAUAUCUUUAUUUACGGGUGUACGUAUUAAUAUUUUACUUGCGUUUUUCUGUCUUUUAAGCAUGGUUGGUGCGCCUGUGGGAAAUAAUGAACUCUGGAGGCAUACUUAUAAUCAAGAUCAAUGUAUCUUGGGACCUGGAAUCUCUGCGAGCUGUUAUGGGGGCUAAGUAAGUAUGAUGAAAUCUGGCAACUUCUGUACUUCUCUUCUCUUCUCUUCUCUUCUCUCCUCUUCUCUUCUCUUCUCUUCUCUUCUCUUCUCUUCUCUUCUCUUCUCUUCUCUUCUCUUCUCUUUACCUUAAUUUGGCGAGCGAGACUGGGUCAGCACUUUGCUAAAUUGCACCAUGGGACUGUUUUGGAGGCGUAAUCGCUUCAUUGUGUGGCUAUUACGAGGUUGCGCCGAAAACUGGGUCAAAAGGCGUCCCCCAAAACAGUCCAAUAAUACAGUUCGAAUCAACCUCGGCCCAGUUGCACGAGCCAAUAGGUUAUUUGCACGAUGACGUCAUUUUACUACUACAACCAGAAUCCUUCAGGGUUUUGCUCUCUUGUGCAAAUUAAGGCUUUUAUUAUUUAAACCUCGCUUGGAAUGCCAAAUUUCAAUAUGAAAAGAAAAACGAAAAGGAUUCUGGUCGUAGUAGUAAAGUGACGGCAUCAUGCAAAUGCUCUAUUCACGCUGGGGACUGUCCACAACUUUGCAUGCGUUUAUAAACACUAUCUCGUGAGUCGAUUUUUUUAACGUACGAAGCUGUCUUGAAAUUGAAGAAAAACCUCAGAAUAAUGUGUGUAGUUAAAAUUAGAAAGAUGCCUAAAAGUUUAUUUUAAACUAUAACGAAAUAUGAAUGGUUUAGUAUGGGAGUGAUAAACGUGGAUUGAAAACGGCAAAUUUGAAAGGUGGCCGAAACCGUGGCGAAAUUCCCUGCUCUUUGCCACUUCCAACUCUUUUUGAGGUAUCAAUCCGAAGUCGCGACUUUAAAUCUCGCUUUUGAGUGAAUAUUCGCGCGCGUGCAGGUCGCUGACCUAAAAUCUUUUGAAACUUUUUUUUGGCCGUUGUUUAUUCUAUGUCCUAUCAAAUGUCUCAUUUCAUCCUUGUCCUCCUUCUUUUAAGGUUCGAACUCUUGGAAACCCGUUUGGUCUCCAGCAAAGAGAGGGACUGCGCAAGUCUGAUAUGUGUCACUCAAGUGUCACUAUCUGGCGUUUAA